AUGGAAAUAUGUGAGUAGUUUAAAGAGACUGUAAUAAUACGCUAUUUAAAUGUAGCUUCAAGAAAAAGAUGAUAAUAAAAGAUUAACUAUGAUGUUUAGUGUAUGUAGAAAAUUGAGUAGAAUAUUGCCAUUUCCUAAUGUUAUCUAAGUGUUGUAAUAAAAACCAAAUAUUUUGAAAUAUUUACUGAUUGCCAGUCAAUUAUUUGAAAAUAGUGUAUUACAUAUUUUAUUCUAGGCCUUGUUAUUAUUUUAUGCUUUAUAAGAUAGAUAUUGGGAAGAAUAGGAUUAUGUCAAUCUAUAUUUUGAUAGUGUUAUCAAAUGUUUAAUUAAUCAGGAGAGUAAUGUACUAAUUAAUGACAUUUUUAGUAUAUUGUCAAACUGUGAUUAAUAAUGAAACCAAGCUUAGAUGGUUUCUUUUAGAAAAUUCUAAAAAUUUUAUCAAUAAAAUCUAACUACCCUUUUUCAAUAAUGAAAAUAUUUGCUAAAAGAUUAAUAACUUCUUUAAAAGUUUCAUUAAAUACAAUUCUAAUUUUGAUAUGCUUAAUUCUUGUUUCCAAUUUGCAUUAGAAAAGAGAAAUACUUGGAUUUUAUUAAGAGAUUUAGAUUUAUAAUUUGAAAUUGAUGUUGAAGAUUGUAUUAUUUUUAAACUAAUUAAGAAUUGGUUGCUAUAAGUUAAGUGAUGAGCACUAAAAAUUUAGAUUUUAUCAGUGAAAAAAUAGAAUAAAAAAGAGAAGAAGCAUCAAAUUAUGGAUUAACAAAAAAAUAAAUGAAAUAAUAAAUGUUAGAAGAAUGGUUAUUUUAACCAAGUGAAGUACCUUUAUUAGUAGCUAAUCAUGCCACAGUUGAUUAAUUAAGUAGCGAAGUUUUUAAAUCAAAUUUACUCUUAGAUUUGUUUCUAUCAUUUAUAUUGUUUCCUACAAAAAAUCCUUAAGUUGUUCCAAAUGUAAAAACAAUCCUUAUUUUAGAAAUUAUAUAAUAUUUAUGUAGAUCUUAAUCCUCCAGAACCUCCUUCGUUUAGACAACUUAAUGUUAAUGUAUCAUAAGAAAGAAGACCACUUAUCUAAUUUAGAGCUUUUAGAACUAUGUAAGUCAUAACUGAUAACAGAAACAAUUUUUUGUUAACGAGAGCUAACAAAGAAUAUUAUUAAAGAGCUUAUUCAAUGAUAUAUGAAUGUUUAAAAUAGGACUUAGUAGCUAUCACUAUUUGCCCAGAAAUAAUUGUAUAAUAUCUAUCCUUCCUUUUAUAUUAAGAACCUGAAGUUUCAAUAUUCUUUCUAGUUUUUUAUAACAUUCCUUACAGAUUAAUGCUCUUUUUAGAUAUUCCAGAAAUUUCAUAAUUUUUUACCUAACUCAUUAAUUUUAUAUCUACUCCAUAUAACAAAGUUAAUAUAGAUUCAAAUUAAUUGAUAUGGAAAUAUUUUGAAAUAUCUAAUUUUUUUUCUGAUUUACUAAAUAUGACUAUAUUUGAUACUAAAACCAUAGAUAAUGUUAUUACUUAAAAAUCGAAUGAAUUUUAUAGACCUAAAAAUAUAGAAGAGUAUUUAAAAAGACCAGAUUUCACUCCAUUAUAAGUGGAAAAACAAUUUCCUUAACCAGAAUAAAAAAAAGUUGCAGAAGAAAUAGAUGAAUUAGAUUAAGAUCUUGAUCUUAUUUUUAAUUAUCUUCCUAAUAAAUGUUAAAAAACACUUAAAAUCUUUGAAAGAAUGUUUGAUUAAGCAUAAAAGAAAAAAGAAAGUAAAGCAAAAUAAAGAAUGUCUUUAACAGGAGCCCCACCUUAAUUUUUACAAACAAAAAAUCUUAAAACAGAAGAUUAAACUCCAAUAACUUUCAGUCCUACCAGAAGAAGAACAAUAUUAGCUCCAAGAUUAGCCUCUAUACUUGAUGGAAGCCUUAAAAAAUCAUUAGUUGUUAAUCCUGUUGAAUUUGAUAAUAUGCCUUAAUCUACUACAAAUAGUACAACUAGAAGUCAAUUACAAGCUCUCACAAAUCCAAACAAUUUAUUUGGAGUGUUAAAUGAAUAAAUCUAAUUGAUAAACAAAAAGAAUUCUUAAGAUUUAAUUCAAAAGCCUAUGUAUUAGAGAAUGCUAGUUAAAAAACCAACUUAAAUAAUUACAUUACAUAGUAGAUCAAUGUCGAAUCAAAAACGAUUAAGUUAGUAGUCUUCACAAAUCAACAUUACUGAAUCUCUUAAUAAAUCAAGGAUGUAAAACUCUAUAAUUUUAAAUAAAUUCACUCACUUAGUUGGAUCUAUGAAAAGCUAUGACAUUGAAAAAGAAUUUUGUAUUUAUCCUCCAGAAUUGAAGGAUUAAUAGAUAGAUGAUUUUGAAAAAUUGGCUUUUGAUGAAGAUUUCCAGAAACUCUCAUAGAAAAAUGAGAAUUAUACAAAAGGAGCUAUGUAAUGCAUUUAUGAUAUCUUACAUACAAUUUUCACUUAAAGGAAGUUUAUUUUAUAAAAUAAUCACCAUUUUGAAAAUCCAGAAUUCUAUCUAAAUAUCUUAAUGGGAGAAGAUAAAUCUUAAUUUAUAAAUCUUAUAGCUAAAAAUUAUUUAUUGAAAUAAAAAUCAGAAGAAGACUUGUUAUGUACCUUUAUGGUUGCAGGUAGAAUUUAUAAUUUAAUUUUAUCUUAAUACAAUCUUAAAUCAUUUUCAAUUAACUUUCAUGAACAUUUAAUCUUGAUAUGUAAGAUUCUUUUAACCUAACUUCUAACAUCAAAAUUAUCAAUUAGAGCAAUUACAUUAUUAGAAAGUGUUACUUUAAUUUUAGAAAACACAAAGUAAUAAUUACUAACUCAUAUUCCAAUUUCUUUUUGGCAUUUAAUGAUUGAAUCUUAUUCAAUUCACACUAAUAAUUAAAUUUUUAAUAACUAUUUUAGAAGAAUAUUGAUUACUACCUUUAUAUAUGGAAAUUUAGUUAUUUAUAAUAGAAUUCUACUAAAAAUUAAUUUUCUCUCCUAUUUUAAAGACAAUCCAGAUUAAAUUAAAUUAGUUUUUCUGGUAUUAUACAUGAUGUUUAAAUUAAGAUAAGAUGGAUUAAAGCAGUUAAAGAAAUAAAUUACAUUAUUAUCUUCUUGGAAUGCAUUAACAGAUUAUUUCAAAAAGUAAAUUAAUUUUUUAAUUAUUUUCAGAGAUUUAUAAAGCCUUGAAUAAUAAAAAUUUUAAGAAUACACAAAGGGCUUUCGAAGUGAAGAUAUUGCUCAGAUUUAAACAUUGAUUGAAAACAGAGAUUCAAAAAAGAAUAAAUUUUAUAAACCUUGA